GCUAAAAAGCCAAAAAGAGACUUAAGAGAUCACAGUCCCGCAUUUUCAGACUUCUCCCAGGAAGGAGUAGUAUUCGAUCCAUGGCUUCCAGCUCCAGUCCUCAACGCAUCUUCCCUCUGUUGUCUUUGAUCCUCCUUCUCUUCUCCUUCUCUCCAAUUUCCGAAUCGAGCCACCAGUUCUGUGAUGCUGGAAUUGGACAUGGUGCGUCGACCUGUGGGGUUUCUUCAUCGUCGUCAUCGUCUUCUACGAAGCUGUUGAUCAAAGGCGGGAUUGUGGUGAACGCUCAUGAGAUGGAGGCUGCUGAUGUUUAUGUGGAGGGUGGAAUCAUUGUUUCUGUUAGGCCUAAUAUUAAGGUUGGUGAUGAUGUUACUGUGCUUGAUGCCACUGGAAAGUUUGUCAUGCCAGGAGGCAUUGAUCCUCAUACCCACCUAGGCAUGGAAUUCAUGGGUACAGAAACUAUUGAUGAUUUCUUCAGUGGUCAGGCGGCAGCAUUAGCAGGUGGAACAACUAUGCACAUCGACUUUGUUUUACCAGUGAAUGGAAGUUUAUUGUCAGGGUUGGAAGCUUAUGAAAAAAAAUCUAGGGAGUCCUGCAUGGAUUAUGGUUUCCAUAUGGCAAUUACAAAAUGGGAUGAACAUACUUCAAAAGAAAUGGAAAUAAUGGUCAAGAAGAAAGGUAUAAACUCUUUCAAGUUUUUCAUGGCCUACAAGGGGUCCUUCAUGGUCAAUGAUGAGCUUCUGCUAGAAGGAUUCAAAAAAUGUAAGUCUCUUGGUGCGUUAGCCAUGGUGCAUGCAGAAAAUGGAGAUGCUGUAUAUGAAGGACAGAGAAGAAUGAUAGAACUUGGGAUUACUGGUCCAGAGGGACAUGCUCUUUCAAGGCCCCCAGUGCUGGAAGGAGAGGCAACUGCUCGAGCAAUUCGACUAGCAGGUUUUGUGAAUACUCCCCUCUAUGUAGUUCAUGUGAUGAGCAUUGAUGCUAUGGAAGAAAUUUCUAAAGCUCGCAAAUCAGGGCAGAAGGUGAUUGGCGAGACAGUACUUUCUGGGUUAGUGCUUAAUGAUUCUUGGCUUUGGGAUCCUGACUUUAUCACUGCUGCUAAGUAUGUCAUGAGUCCCCCUAUAAGGGUAGCUGGACAUGACAAAGCCCUUCAAGCUGCUCUUUCAAUGGGAGUUCUGCAGCUUGUAGGAACGGAUCAUUGUACCUUCAAUUCAACACAGAAAGCUCUUGGAAUAGAUGAUUUCCGGAAAAUUCCAAAUGGUGUCAAUGGUAUUGAGGAGAGGAUGCAUCUUGUAUGGAAUACAAUGGUGGAAUCUGGUCAAAUUUCUGUUACUGACUACGUCCGGUUGACGAGUACUGAAUGUGCUAGGCUUUUCAAUAUAUAUCCUAGGAAGGGAGCAAUUCGCGCAGGUUCUGAUGCAGAUAUAAUUAUACUAAAUCCAAACUCAAGCUUUGAGAUACAUGCAAAGUCCCACCACUCUAGAACAGAUACCAAUGUCUACGAGGGAUGGAAAGGGAAGGGCAAGGUUGAAGUGACCAUUUCUGGUGGAAGGGUUGUUUGGGAAAAUGAUGAAUUGAAGGUUGUUCCUAGUUCUGGAAAGUACAUAGAAAUGCCGCCUUUCGGAUAUCUUUUUAAUGGAAUUGACAAGGCAGAUGCUAAGUACCUAUCUUCUAUGAAAGCCCCUGUAAAGCGUUCUAGAGCAACUGUUUAAAAAUUGCAGGUACUUUGACUAUUUUCCUUUUCUUGUAUUAUUUUCUUAAACUUGAUUAGAAAUGGAGAAGAUGCUCCUGUAUAUAUCGCAUUGUGUUUGAAUAAUAAGAUCAAAGUUUUCUGUAUCUUCAUCGUAUGUCAUGUAUAUGAAUUCGCUUUAAGGUCAAUCAAUAAGAUUCUCACUGCAGUUUGCAGUUUGUGUAUUU